AUGCCUGUGCGAGAAACGUCCACACAGACGCCGACCUUCUCCGUAUCGGUGCCGCGCUUGCAGGACCAAGCGAGGCAGAAGCGCGCAGACCGAUAUCGUCUGCUGGUGUUUACUGAAGUCUUGCUGUCCUUUACCGACACGGAUGGCGACAACAUCCGGCUUCAGAAGGAGGGCGUUGCCAUCAACGAGUAUGUCAACGACCGCCUGGAGAUCCGGAGAAUGCAAUACUUCGAUAUCGACGUCAAGGCUAGGUCGUAUCACGACCCAACCGGCAGAGGCUGGUUCAGGUCCACGGAGGACGUCCAGGCGUUGGUUCGCAAGCGGGACCUGAUGUUCCUGGAGCGCGACUUCUUGGCAAGGUGCUUGAUGACCGUCUGCGGCCUGAAGGAGAGCUCCGCCUAUCAGGUGAUGAUGAAGGCGCACACAGAGGGCACGGCAGUCGUUGGCACCUAUGACUUCGAAACAGCUGAGAUGUAUUGCGCUGGCCUUAAGGCCAAGGGCUUGAGUGCAGAUAUCCUUCCCGUAGAGGACGGAGACUGA